GUGUCAGAGCUUAGGCCCCGCCCCCUGCAGUGCCAGUGAUUGUGCGGCCCUGACAGGGGAACAUUCGGGUACAGCCGGCUCCCCCCGGGAUGGAACAGGCUGAAGACAUGACAGAUACUCAGAUCCCUGCAGAUGCUGCAUCCCCUGAUCCGUUUUCUCUCCCUGAAUCCCUGAAUUUCACUGUUGCCAUUAUAGGACCCAAGGGAUCAGGAAAGAGUACACUGGCCAGGGUGCUGAGCCACCAAACUGAGCAGUUCAGCAAUGGCUUCCUGGACUCAUACUUCAAAGGAGAGGAAGAGUCCCAUGAAGUUUCCAAGUAUCCUUAUCCCCCUUUGCCCAAUGUUACUCUUUUUGACUACCCUGGGUACAAUCCUGCAGACUCUGUAGCUUCUUACCUAGAUGGGAUUAAGCUAGACACGGUGCAGUACCUCCUGGUGACUGUAGGGGAGGCUGUAUCUGACACUGAACUUCAACUCCUAGGAACGCUUAAGCAGAAGGGGAAGCCACACUGUAUGGUCCAGACUCACGCUGACUUGGUAUUGCACACAGAGAAGAGAAGGCAGGGGAAGAGUUACUGGAGAAGGCAGACAUUGCAGGGAAUAAGGAGCAGAGUGGAGGAACGUCUAGUGGGAGCUGGGCUACAAGGAUGUAAGGCAUUCCUUAUUUCUGCUCUAGAACCCCAAAGCUUUGACUUUCCAAGUAUGAUGGAUUAUAUGGAGGGGGAAAUCCUGCAGUGGCCGAGGUCAGGUGAAGACAACGUGGAGAACCAAUGCCAGGAGCUGGUGUCCGUAUUUGAGAUGCCAUGUGAUCAAGAGGGGUUGGUGGAGUUCCCACCCUACCUCAGCAUCCUGUUAGACAUACCUCCCCCUGUGCCCGCUAUUGUGGGUGUGGCAGGCAGCAAUAAAGAUACCAUUCUCCAUGGUCUAUCUGAUCCUCCUAUGUCAGGACUUCUGGUGAAAGCUCUCCCAGGGCCUGGCAACCCACCACUGCCAGUUGAUCAGUAUCUGGAAAACCUCCAGCUAGAAUCAUGUGAUGUAUAUCUGAUUGUGGAGUCCGGGCUGAACAACAGCUUCCGUGCCACCUUGGUGGAGGCGUUGGUAGCAGCUGGCAAGCAUUGUAUGCUGAUUGCUGGAGAAGGAAGGCAAAGUGGUGAAGAGAAGGAACCUGGGCAUGAUGGUGAAGGAAAGCGAGCAUAUCUAGGUGCAACUGAUUUGCGAGGGUUGAAGGUUGCUUUAGAAAAAGGGGCACCGCAGUUGGUCAGAGAGAGACUAUUGCAUUGCCUUCCAUCUAUAGUAGCCCAGUUGGUUAGGAGAGAGCAGAGGAGGAUUAUGAUGGGGGUGUAUGACCUGUGUCUGGACGUAUGCACCAAGGCAUCUUACGGGCAAAUCCCACAAGCCCUUGCCUCACUUUCUGCCGCUCUGUCCUCUUUCCGUUCUCGAUUUGGUCUAGACGAGGAAUCCAUAUCGCGAAUAGCUCAGGUGACUGGGUGCUCUGCCGACGAUUUACACUCGGAAAUCCACUGUCCCCUGGCAUUGCCCCAGAGCAUAGAGCAGUUGCAGCAAAUGGUGUCGCAACCUCUGUCCCUAUCUGAAAUAGUCUGGAGUUACAUCCCAAUCUGGGGUGGGACAGAGACAGCCCCCACACUUUCUGUAGAGCGCACGUAUAGGCUGCUGGUUGAGAGUGUGUUUGGGAUGGCACAAGAUGCAGAGAGAGUGCUGCUGCGGGGUUGCACAAAGCAAAAAGGGACUAAAGAGAGCACUGCCACCUGUCACUGGCCCUGUAUCUGAACAUCUGUUGUGGGCAAUUCGCUUCUAGUCGCUUCUAGUUAGCCUCUGAGCUGAAUAACAUAGAGCCCAAUGCUUCUUGGUCUUUUCUUCUGAGCAUGCAACGUGGCACAAUAAGGAAACUGCCAUCACGUUUCCUGGCAAAUAUAUGGUUAUUCUAACAUAUUGUGGCUAAGUAACUAAUAAUUAGACUAGAGGUUCUAUGUGUGUUUAAGCUCAUAAACCAGUACCAUGCCCCAAAGACCUUCUUGGCUCCAAUACCGUCCAUCCAACUGCCCCAUGGCAAGUCUUGGGCAUAAGGCAUAGAGUUACAAUCAACAAGUUUGUAAUGAAAUUCAGAAGUAGCUGAAGACAAAAGCGGUUUUAAUGCAGUAGGUGACACUGAUCCACCAUGGGCUUCCUUGACUUCGGCUCUAAAGGGAAGACACAACCUGUCAGACACUUUAUGGCACACAGCAAUGUUGGUGCGGCAGUGCCAGGACUGAAGGCAACAUGGUUCUGUGAUGGCUGACUGACUACAUUAUAAUGAUAAUUUAUUAAAUUAGGGAUCGGACGUCUUGCUUACCUACUAAUAAACAAAUCCAGUUCAUAUUCCUGGUUGUGGGAGGCUGGUAUAGGUAGAAACAGAUUAAGCAUGAUACACAUAUCCAAAAGAAGGUGGAACUCAGCCAAUGAAAGUUUGCAUAGUGCAUUAUGCUUGAAAUGGGGGUAACUAGGCAGCCCAAACUACUGAGAGAAUGAGUACUCACUGGCUCCACCUCUGGCCGAUGUUAGGAACACACAAUGUCUGGUACCCAACAACUGUGUUUCUGCUUUGUGUUGCACGUGGCAUAGUGCUAAUAAAUAAACUUUUUGUUUCCA